AGGUCGCGUUCAGUGCACUACUCUUUCUGCGUCCAAAGGUCUACGCCCUGUGGUCUGUGGUGGCACUAUGGCGCUGCGUGUAUUAAUGCGAUCAACAUUCUUAGCCUGCUCCUCCCACUACAGAUCAUAAAUAAAGGCGUCACUAUCAAUACGGUUUGUCGCUACAUGGCUUAAUAUAAAUUGACAUUGGCGUACAGCGCUAAUCAUCCUGUUCUGGUAGGUUACAAAAAAAAAAAAAGAAAGGGAAGGCAUUACUAGCAAUGCGAAACACAAUGUUAAAAUACUUACUUGACAAUUGUCCAGUAAUUAUCCCUUAAGUUGUUCGCUUGGGGGCCGAAUUGAAGAUUUUCCUGCGGGCAGCAGAUCCGCGUGGUUGCUCAGUGGCUAUGGUAUUAGGCUGCUGAGCACCAGGUCGCAGGAUCGAAUCCCGGUCACGGCGGCCGCAUUUCGGUGGGGGCGAAAUGCGAAAACACCCGUGUACUUAGAUCUAGGUGCAGGUUAAAGAACCCCAGGUGGUUGAAAUUUCCGGAGUCCCCACUACGGCGUGCCUCAUAAUCUGAAAGUGGAUUUGGUACGUAAAACCCCAUAAUUAAAUUUUUAAUCCGGGCAGCAGCGCAAUGGUACCUACUAAGCAGAAGUUCCUAAACUAGCAGAACUUUUGAUAUAACUAUGCCCGAAAUGCGGCACAGAAUAUUUUUGACAUUUCAGUUAAAUGUUGGUCCAUUUGUAUAACGAGGGCGUCUCUGCUUUCAUUUAUUCGUGAAUACGGUGGGCUAAAGCGCCCUUUCAAUUCUCGUGCUUCGCAGACUUCAUUGACGACACAGAGGUCUGACGUACCUACGGUAUCCAGGCUUUCAAAACGACGACCGUCAAGGAGAACCUUCAGCCUAGAUAAGGUAAGACUCAUUCACGUCCCGUGAGGCUAACUGCAGCCAAGGUUUGAAACUAUGCCGAGGCACAUUAGGGGGCAGCAGUGAGUUGCAUAUUGUUGACUAUUGUACGGAGCAAGUCGCACUAUUUUUUGCAUUACUCUUGUUUGCACUAUUAUUCAGCAUUUAAUAGCCAACUUCGCAAAGGCCAGACCAAACCCCGGAUGGCAAGUGCUAGUUUCGGUUUCAAGGAGCGUGCGCGUUCCAAGCGGUUUCCGGACAUCUUAAGUUUUUUUUUUUUUUUUCUCUUUUUGUGCAUAUUAAAUCGGGCGAAGCGCGCGAAGUGGUUGUCUUUGUGCGUCCGUCGAUCUUAUCUCCGCUCACCCUUGCCACUCGCUCAGCGAUAUCACAAAUCGGAUCCCGCUUGGUAAUCUGCUUCGGUUGUCGCCCCAAGUAUGAAGAUGGGAAAGAUAAGACACAGAAGCUCGAACAGGCGUGCAACGAACGGAAGACGCAGGGAGUCAGGUCAACCAAGCAUUAGACGAAGAUGGCCAGAUCGCAUGUGCUGCGUGGCUCUGUGGUGUUCUGACACCGGGAAUUCGAGUUCUGCAAAGUUUUUCAGGUUUCCUAAUAACAGCUGAUCGACGAACCUACCACCCCGAAGCCAGCGAUAACCGUGACUAAAUGCAAGGUCAUCAUGCUGCUCGCUUUCCUCGCGCUGUUGCUGGUGCUUGUCGGCGUGUUCCUGGUGGCCUAUCUCCAUACGACCGAGACUACGCAAAGGAAGGUGGCGAUUUGCACCACCGACGACUGCGCUGCCUUUGGCCGGGAACUGAGCUUGGCCAUCAACAAGGCGGUAGACCCAUGUCACGACUUCCACGCCUACGUGUGCGGCAGCUGGGACGACCCCACUCGUCGGGACUCGACCGAAGCUCGGAUGAGGGCUGCAGUCUUAGAUUUGGCGCUCGACGAGGUCACAGAUGACUCGUCGCAAGUCGGAAAGGCGACGCAGUUCUUCGAUAGCUGUAACAGGGCCGCCGCGGAUGUAAAAGAAAACCUGAGACAGUUCGCGGAGUUCCGACGCUCCCUCGGCAUGACCUGGCCCGAUCGUAAUAUACCAAAGGGGCAGCAUCCGCUCGACCUAAUGAUCAACUUGGCGCUGAACUGGCAGAUGAACUUCCUCUUCGACAUGAAUGUUAUCGUCGUUCGAGAAUCCGCUACGUUGCUUGUCUCGCGCGGUCUCUUGGACGCCGUGUGGGAGCAGGACAUGCGCAAUCCCAGGACACUUCCCAAAUAUGAGAUUUACUUGAACGAUUACUACGAAAUACUCGGCGUCAAUAGCUCACAAGCUAGAAUCGAAACGGCUGAUUUAAUUCAAAUUGAAAAGGAGAUUGUGGACGCCAAGAUUCAGUUCCUCUACGACGCCCCUCAACAAGACUGGUUCAAUGUACGCGCCCUCAAUGACAAAACACCCGCGGCACCGGCAGGCCUCUGGCUAAAUCUUCUGAAAAAGCACGACAAACAGUUCAACUGGAGCGGUGACCACACAGUGAUCGUCGAGGACGUAAGGAUCCUAGAGAGCACAGACAAGUUACUGCAGAAGUUCACCCACGAAAAGUUGAUCAUCGGGCUGUCGUGGAUAUUUAUUCAGACCCAUCUGUGGGCUGUUAAUGGCGUGCCAUCCAUCAGAUUCCGUGGCACGUACUCCGAGCUGAAGACAAUGCAGGAGCGCGGCUGCAUGACGUACGUCGAAUCCCUGCUGGGUCUGUACAGCACAUCGAAGAUGAUGGCCGAGCGCUACGGCGACGUCACAAGUCGGCUCAAUGUCUACAGCUUAAUGCACAGAAUGAACGAAAACGUCAAGCGGCUCGUGAAAAACCUGACAUGGAUGAACGACGAGAGUAAGCGAGUGGCAUUUCUAAAGCUUGACAGAAUGACCCGCGUCUUAAUGCCGGCUGACAGCUUCUUCAACAAGAAGGAACGCGCCUCGCUGUACAGCGUAUUUCCGGACAUGAGCGGCAAGACUUUCAUGACGAACCUAUUGGCUGCUUCUGAAGUGUAUCGCCGACUCCGCAACCACGAGCAUUUCGCGGAUGUGUACAGUGUUCGCGUGUUUCCCCGGUUCGGCCGUGAGUUGUACUUGUACAUGCCGAACGCGAUGACAAUCGCGAUCGGCGACCUGAAUCCCCCGCUAUUUUACCGCAACGCAACCCUGGCCAUCCAAUACGGCGCACUGGGCUCCCUCAUCGGUCGCCAGAUGGCCAAGCCGUUAGAUGACAUCGGCGUCACGGUGGACGCUGCUGGCGUGCGCGGCCAGUGGCUGCAGCCCGCUGCGGCCGCAGUGCACGCCGGUAAGGCCAACUGCGACGUCCGUCCCACCACGGACGGCACCCGGUGGCGGCCACUACGCGUGUUUCCCGCCGUGGUCGGCCUGGAGAUUGCGUACGCUAGCUUCAUCGCGGCGUUAAAGGUCGACUUCCGCUUGCUGGAAGACUUCCGGGUCACUCACCUUGAAGAGUUCGAGGACAACAAGGUGUUUUUCCUCGCGUUCUGCUAUUCGCUGUGCUCCAAGCGACCGCAGACCAUGGGCGACGCGUGCAACGUUCCGGUCAAGAACUCGCCGCAAUUUGCGGAAGCUUUUCGCUGCCCCUGGAAUUCACCAAUGAAUCCGCCUAAGAAGUGCACAUUUUUUUUUUUGACGAGUGACCAAAUUUAGCACAUUAUUUCGCUGUCGUCAUUGCGUGCGCUGGUGGUUCCUGGCUUCUUUUGUGAGACAGUGGCCCAUAAAAAACUACCGUAAGCGCAGUUGUGAAUCAUCGCAGGCAUUACUAAACGCGCGCCUUAUGGAAAAAAAUGAGUCGACAUGUCUUUCUCGAGGCAGCACAUAGGCUCCGACUACGGGGGAGGGGGCUCCGGGCCCUGAGCCCCAUCCGAAGUUUUCCAGAGAGGAGGGAGGGGGGCACGGGCCUCCCUGGCAAUG